AUGAAUCACAGACGAAGUGAGGGAGCUACACUACUCUCCAUCAUCUCCACAUGGGAAAACCACAUAACCCGGCACUUACCACUCGUCCCGCGGGAAGAUCACCAAGGAGCGGACCUGUACCUUACAUGUCCUUACAUGCAAGCCUCUAGGGCCAAGUUUACCAUGCACCUUGGGCGGAAUAGGGUCUCAUCGGGCGUCCGUCUGGCACCACACAUCCCCUCUCCUCACAUCCAUGAUCCAGCCCGGCCGCUGUCCCAGGGCCCAGACACGGACGGGGAACAGCGAACGCCAGUCACUACAACCAGGGAAGACAUCAGUCAAGCAGAAGCUAGAGCCUUCCUCGAGUCCCCGCCCAGGGGCCCGUCCGCCACUGCUCCUGUCUUCAUCCCCGACGACGUUCAGACAUGGACCUCUGUUGACUGUAGCCAUACUCACACAGUACUCAUGCAGGACGCGGGAGGCAACAUGCAGGCACCGCAGUGCAGCACUUCAGUCCAAGUAACCUCAGCGAAUAACACCCCCAAACCAACGAAUAUCUCGCACAGCGUGCAAGCCGACACUAGGACAUCUCCUGGAGGGGUCCAGGGCCCGGGGAGCAACCCCCCGUGGCCCCCUCCAUUUUACCGCGUUUGCAGCGCCCAGCGGGCUGCAUGCGAGGUGAUGGGUUGGGUUUUGAGUAUGGACCUGCGUCCUCUCGAUGAACAUGUUUGUGAAGAACUCACUACACGGGUUCGUCUCUUGGCCUGCCCCCCCCUCCAAUCCAACACCAGCGUCACACCCACUGAUUCAGAGCCCACCUCCGUUCCCUCCGCCCAUCAGAGCUUGUCGUUUACAGUGUACUUUCGUAGAUCGGGAGGUCUCGACUCUCUCACUCGCUCAUCAGCGCCGGGCGGCAGUCUCGAGUGGCGCAAACCGGCGUACCGCCCCCCCAUCUCAUUCAAUCUCAUCAUCUGGACCGUUCCUGCGUUUCACAUUGACCACCUUCUCUCUCCUCCCGAUGGCUCCCCUCCCACCGAAUCCUUAAUCCUUCAUCUGACUUUACCCACCCGACUUUGA